CACCAGCCUCCCCUGCACGUUCUUCGCUGUUUGAAUGUACGUAAGGAGAUCUGUGUCCUUACUCCUGCCUUCAGGCCCGCUAUCGAACAUUUCAUAGCUAAAUCAACACUUGAAGCUGGUCUGGAAAGUAUCCGCUGUUGCAUGAUAAAGGCCUGUAGCCACGGCUCCAUCUCCCUCAGGACAACAAGCAGCUGUCAUCAGCUUGCUUGGUGAAAGGUGACGGAGCCAUAUAAGCGUCGCUGAUCUGGAGGAUAUAAAAUUUCUCCUUAGAAAUGGUAUUGCUGCGCUCAUUGAGGGACAUCUUGAACCUCUUCUAUAACUCGUCUUUCGAAACGCCCUCGGGAGGGCCGGAGAAAGUAGUACGAUGUGAACCAUUCUCCGCCCACAGUCUAGAGAGUAUCAAGUCAAAGCCCGAUAUACAGUCUAUCCACCUCCUUUACAGUAUUCCAUACAUCCAGCCAAUCCGGCGCAGGCAUGGACCAGCACCAAUUCCCGCACGCAGACCGAAACCCACGUUUCACAAACCGUGUGUCAUCUGGUUUCGGUCCAAUCUGUCAAGUGGUGUAUCCGAAAACCCGACAGCAGCACAUCCACUCUACAAGCUGACAUGAUGCUGAUCCAGCCGCGAGCGCGCUCGAACACGCAUUUGAGGCCAUGGAAGCCUUCGAGCCAGCCCUCGAAAUUCAAGAAAGGGUGUAGCAUCACGAUUUUGAGGCCCCUCUCCUCACAUCGUUUAUUGAUCUCGGUGGCUACGGCGUCUAUCUCAGCGUAGUUCUUAGGGCCAAGCGCGUGGCUGAGGUGAUGAAAGCCGAAGAAGAUGUCCAGGAAGGAGAGAGUUCGACGGGUUGGAAGUCAGCGAGGGAUGCGGCGGGCAGGCGGUCGAGGAGGGAGGGGCAAGAAGGGCUCCCGAGGCAAGAGCUGACGUAGCUGAUGGGGAUGGUGGGGAAGGAGUAGUCGAGAGCCAUGGCAACCUCGGCCUUACUAUGUUAAGAAUUAAUUAUUGAGGAAUAGGUGGUAUGAGAAAGCACCAUUCGGAUAUUAGCGGUG